CUGCGGUGUCUGCACCUUCGCGUGGAGAUUCGUCCGCAAAACACAUUGCACACACGAAAGAAGUUGUUUUGAGUUGCACUUUUUCGGGUAGCAAUACAAGAAAAAAAGCGGCAAAGCCCCAGAAUCGGAAUUGGAAUCGGAAUAAUCUUAUGAAGGUUGCAUAUUUACUGUCAGCGCGAUGUUCAAUUCCGUUCCUUAAACUAUUAAAACAGUUCAACAACAACAGUAUUGCCGGUUGGUUUGGGGGAUUUUUUUUUUGUUUUCUUAUUUCGUUUGCCCUCCCCUUGUUCUGUUCUGUUCCCUUCGAGCUGACAACGAAUGGCAGCUCGCUCGUGGAAAAAUGUGAUCAUGCAAACUCGCGAUCGCGAAUCCAGAAGGGUGACGAUCUGUGUCGGGGUUUUUUUGUUUUUUUGUACGUACUUGAUUGUUUUUUUUUUUUUGGUCAAACAUUGCAAAACGGGGCCGCCCCGGAACAUUCUUCUUAGGGUUAAGAAAUGAAAGGUGUUUCAUAUAGCAAUUUUAGAUUUCACUUCACUUGUGCGUUUCUGUGUGCUUUUUUACAAUCGCCACGGAGACAGAGCGUGUCCAUUUCAGUUGUUUUUGAGGGAUUUUCUGAGGGUCUGCGUGUUCGCUGCUCCUGUCUCGCAAAUGUGAUAACGCGCCUGGUCCUUACGAUUUGCGGCGCCUAAGUUGCGGGGCUAAAUUGCGAAUGCCAAGAUAAUGCUAAUUGAGCAUGGGACUGGGAGGAAAGGAACGUUCCAGAACGGAAUCGCGCAACGCUCGGUUUAAGCUUUAGCUGGUUCGUUGUAUUGAAAUAGAAAAUGGGUAAAUGUUAGGAUAUGACUCACAAUUACUACAGAAGCCGACCCCAUUUAAAGGAUUAGGAUUCCUUCGUUCUACCGGGUUGUGCGAAAGAAUGCUGGAACCUCAGCCAUGACUGGUUUUCGAUCUUUCGAGUACUUCACGCUCUCAAUUAACAACUCCAUGGUCAGUACUGGGCAGAACAGUAUGAUAGAAUUAUUGUCCUCCGUACGAAGUUGAGCCAGACGAUUCUUUUAGUCAUUUUCAGUUGAGAGUCUUUAGGAUCGACGUGGACGAUGUCCGAAAGAUAUAUUUUAUAAGCGGCGUCAUCGUCAUUCUCCAGAAGUGAGAGGAUGUUUUAAAAUUCGAGUCGAUCAUAACCGACAGCCAAACAAAUCAUCAAUUGCAGUUCCUCGAUUGGUGUGUCCAAGGCUGCUCCAAAGCAACUGAGCUAUCAGUUCAAUUUUGUCCGUACAUCUGCAUCUUUUCAGCGCAAAGCUGUUGGGUAGAUCGCUGAUGAAAGCUAUGUUGAUCUUUACGAGUAGGUCUAAAGUUUUAAAUAUUGCUAAAAUGGUCCAUAAAACGAUGUCUCGUGGCCAUUCGUGGACAGGAAUAUGAAUUGCAAUUCCAAACCCACGAGCUUGUUGUUCGCCAUUUUGACUUUAGCCAGGAGACUAUAAUCAUAAUCACCCCCAAAGCAAUAGCGCUGAUUGCACCAAACACAUUUUGCGGUCCGUCAAAACAAGCAAUAAAUACUGCCAUCAAGAACCUUGUAACCUUUUGUGUUCCUUUUGGUACUAUUUAUUUAAAAGCAUCGCUAAUGGGGUUUCGGUAAUCACGAGCAGAUUACUGUUGAUAGUCAGUGAACCGGUUAUUAAAGUUCCCACGUAUUCUCCUAAUUUGGACCUCCGAUAAGAAUGGAAAGUGACGUUAGAAUAAAUCGAUGGUUAAGUAAUCCUGCUUCCGCGAUAAUCGACAAUAGACCGUCCUCACCUACCAUUUGGGUUUUAGGUGUGUUAUCGUUUGCGAAAAUCACCGACUGUGGUACGAUGGGAGGGGAGGACGAGGACGUUGGCGAUAACAGGUACGCACACUGUGUCCAGGUCGGUCUUUCGAGAGUACGCGCGGGCUUCAGCGCUCCUGUCCAUGACCAACGCAUUGUACGGCCAGUUGUGUGCUUUGGUUGUAUUGUUUCGGGCGUUACAAUCGCUGUAACCUUGUUAUCACUUGCCCCGGCAAUAAAUACCGACACACUUCGCGGUUCUUCCUUUAUUGAUGGCGCGUGGGGGUUUUAAAGCAACAACAACAACAAAAACCGGUGGCAAAUCCGGACCUCAGAACAGAACUAGGAAAAACCCCAACCGCCCCGUGUAUCAAGACAACCUUUCAUCGCGCUCGCUACCGAAUGGUGUGGUCUCAAAAAUUUUGGGGUGGAUCGACACUCCUCCCUUCUCCGGCCGUUUGUUUUUGCCAAACUGCGGAUUGGCCUCGCUCGAUCGACACCGAGAACCGGUUGCUUGGCGCGGCCGGUAUUCGCUUAGAGUCCUCUGGCCGUUGCUGUGGCGAGUUUUAUUUACCAUUUCCUAGCGCAGAAGCGGUCGAUGGUUGGUGAUAGUUAGCGGCUACCAAUCAUUUCAGCAACGAGCAGGGAGGACACCUUCCUGUCAAAUGACAGGUGAAAUGGAAGCGGAGCUUAGAGCUCGGUAAGACGUUUGGGCUUUUGCUCGGUAAAAAGAAGGCGGAGAUCUUUUUCACUUCAAAUGGUGAAAUGGUGGUUUAAAACAGGACCUGUUCGGUUGGAAGAGAAAAUACUAUAUAGGUUCAAUUCUUCCAAACGAUCCUCAACAAAGAUUGCGGUGGCGUAAGGAUCGUAACAAAAAGUUAAAGAUUUCUUGGAAGUGUUUACACAAGCUCUUUCGCUGAUUCGUUCCUGCGAUAGGCUUAUGGUGUAGUUGUUAUUUGGAAGCAAUGGAGUUUGUCUUUCAUCUUUGCCGCCUUUUACUUCGAGGGACGAACAGCACACCCCGAUUGUAACCUUUGUGUGCCUUAGCAGCAGCGCAGAUAGUGAGCAGCGUGUUUUGAGAUAGAAAAUGGUGUGAAAAUCUCAAUUGACUGGUCAAUCUGUCAGUUCGGUGUUUUGCUGGUACAUGGGUACUCUUCGAAAAUUUGUGUAUAAUUUAUUGGUCGCGUUUUAAUUAGGUGAUGCGGUAACGUACCACACUUUCUAAUUGUGUGCGGAUCAUCAAUCAUGGACGCUGGAAGAGCGUUUUGUGCCGGCGCGUGCGUCCAUUCAUUUCGAACUAUCGACCUUCCAUUUAGUUCCUUCCAACUCCAAGAUAAGAAUGAAUCCCCUCACACGACAAGAAUCACAGCGAGAGAGGUUAUCCAGAGGUGAUGUGCCGGCUCGUCGGUGGUCGGUCCGACCAAACCGAGCAAAGCAAGCUGUACAGGCUGUCCUCAGGCUGGCUGCUAAUUAGCCUGUUGAAGUCUAACAAAAAAUCAGUCUUUUCGUACAAUUGCGCAAUUUUUAAAAAUUGCGAAAGGCGUCAAACUCUGAUAGCCUUAGGGGCCCAUUCAACGAGUGGUUUGUGCGUGUGUCCGGGGUUUGGCACUUGUUUGUGGUACCUUCAAUAAUUAUGGGGGCAGGGUGCGAGCGUGUGAUUAGGAAAGAAAGUUCUACAUUAGCUAGGUCAUUCUUACACCGCGCCAAUAGGCUAUGUCUAUCAGCGACUGAAAUUACCAUAAUACUUUAUGAGGAAUUAGUGAUAGCGGUUGUAUUAUUUGACAGGUCAAAUAUGUGAUAUUAUGAGGCAUAUUUUUGUAUUUAUUAUAAAUUAGUAGAGAUCUCAAUAAGAUAACUAUAUUGACUUUUCCUAACGAUGCGUACACGCAAUACACAAACUGUCUAAUAUCUAACACGAUCGUUGUGACCUCUCUUCUAGGAUCUCUCUUUAUUAUGCCUAAUAAUACGUUUAAAUGAACAAUGAAGUAGUUUAGACGAUCUGACGAAACCAAGAAAAUCUUUAUGCAGUGAUCAGUUGUGCAUAUAUCAGCUUAACAUUAUCUUGUCUAUUAAGAUCAUUCUUACAUGCUCUUAUGCAUUGGUUGUUCGCUUAUCAGUUUUGCCGUUCUCCAGCUUGUACAAAAUUUAUUCCGAUAAAAUGCACCGUCUUUUGAUUCGGGGCUUUGAUGCAAACGCGAACCUUACACUGCACGUAAGGGGAAAUUAAAGGUAAAUUCGUUCGUUCGUAAACGUUCGUCGACGAAACCGAUCGAAAGCACCCGAACGGCCGAAUGCCGAAAUACCGUGAGCCGAAUGCCCGACUCGACCCGACCCGUGCGAUGUUUUCCGAGACAUUCAAUCGCUGGCUCCGGCGAUUUCUGGCCAGGCCCGGAAAGGCCCAAACAAAUGGAGGGGACAUAGCAGCAGCAGCACCAGCAGCGAACUUGAAGCGAAGCGAGAUAGUACGCGUGUGAAGAAGAUGGGUCUCGCGUCUCAUUCUCUCCCGAAUCGGGAGUUUAGGUGUGCGUAGGGGAGAAUGCUCGGCCCAACGUUCGCAGCGCAGCCGAAAAACGGUCCACUACGCACUGCCGUGUCGGUUGGCCCUCGUGGAAAUGUUUUCUUGCUGCUCGCGUUCAUUCAAAUAAGAAUACUUCGCGGUCGCGCUUCGGUUCGGUAACGCCGCUGUUGGUUGUUGUAGCCAACGCAACACACAGGAGCAAAAAAAAAAAACAACCUACACACACUCUCACUAGGUAGUGAAAACAUGAUGUAGCUAGGUACAGUUUGAAAGGACUUCAAUCGCCUGGAAGCAACGAACACCACACUACCCUGUACGGUGGCAGUGCAGUUUUGUGCAAAUAAGGGCAAAUUUACAAGGAAUUGCUACAAGUGAAGCAAGUGUAGACGUAGGAAAAAAGCAGAGCAAAUCAAGCCAAACCGACUGCCAGUGAAACGACUUGCCACGCCAGUGAAAUGCGGAAGAAAUCAUCGCUCAGUGAAGAAUAGUUCCUACAAUGUGUAGAAGUGGUAGUGGUGCUACAUGCCUAUUUUAAUGCUGUUCUGUAGAUUGAGUAGAUAGUGAAAUCAAUUGUGUGAUGAUUGUUUGUUGAGGAAGCAAGUCUGAUUUUUGGGUAACGCUGGUACGGUGUGGAGUAGAUUUCGUGUCAAAUUGAUCGUACAAAGCGAGUAAAAGUGUUGCACCUUUGCCAGAAAGUGAAACGUAGUGCAAAGUUGUUUACGGAACGCAGCGGAACCUGCAUGACCGAUUACCUUUACAAAUCACACACGCUUUGGCGCCGCCCAGCAUGAAGAAAGGUGUGGAAACGACAACGAAAACUUCAAAAGCGGUCAUUGCAGCAGCUGCAGCCGCUGCAGCCGCAGCCAAUUUGGCGAAAGAAAGUGUGGAUCUUUGGGCGCAGCAGGACUGGAUCAAGAGCAUUCUGUCCAAGUCGGGCACCGAAAUUAAGGAAGUUCCGGCAGAAGAUCUAUGCAAAAUGGUGUAUUAUUCUGGUCUUCCGCUGCUUAUGACGCAACAACAGCAGCAGCAGCAGCAGCAACACGGGCCAGAUGGAACGAUUCUGCAGCUAAACUACAACGAUGCAACUAGUGCCGAGCAAUACGCGAUAUCAGGGCAGCCGUCUCGCAACGGCGGUCCAAACGCUUAUCAGCCCCAGCAACAACAUCACACGAUCAGCCUCACUAAUGGGCUUACGAUCAGCAACGGACCUCAGAGUUGUAACAGCAGCAGUAGCAGCAGUAGUAGCAACGGUCAGUUGACAAUAGUGUUGAAUCCAUCGCAGGGCCAGUCAUCGAACAUGACCACCACAGUUCUCCCCGGAGCGUACGGGGCCCCGAUAUCUCCGCGCGGCGAGAGAGGCCCAUCCUCGUCCCCGGAGCAGUCGUCCUAUUCCGGACAGAUGAGCAGUCCAGCCGUCAGCUCCAAAUUUCGUUGCGAGCAGUGCAACAUAAGCUUUGGCAGCAAAAGUGCUCACACCAGCCAUAUGAAAUCUCAUGCCAAACAACAGCAGCAGCAGCAGCAGCAACAGGCAGCAGGUGAAAAGAUCUCCGGUGCCAAGCUUGCGGAGUCUGCGUCAGCAGGUAGCGGUACUGGAGCAGGCUCCGGGCCCCUUGGCACCCAGCAACCCGACCCGUACCAGUGCGAUGUGUGCAAGAAAACGUUUGCUGUGCCGGCACGGCUCGUGCGCCACUAUCGGACCCACACCGGGGAGCGACCGUUCGAGUGCGAAUUUUGCCAUAAGAUGUUUAGCGUGAAGGAGAAUCUGCAGGUGCACCGACGGAUCCACACGAAGGAGCGGCCGUACAAGUGUGAGAUAUGUGGCCGAGCGUUCGAGCACAGCGGAAAGUUGCACCGGCACAUGCGAAUCCAUACCGGCGAACGGCCGCACAAAUGCAACGUGUGCGGGAAAACGUUCAUCCAGUCGGGUCAGCUUGUGAUUCACAUGCGGACACAUACUGGUGAAAAACCAUACAAAUGCCCAGUUGAGGGUUGCGGCAAAGGAUUUACAUGCAGCAAACAGCUAAAGGUACACUCCCGGACGCAUACGGGCGAAAAGCCGUACCAUUGUGAUAUCUGUUUCCGGGACUUUGGCUACAAUCACGUACUGAAGCUACAUCGCGUACAGCACUACGGAGCCAAGUGCUACAAGUGCACGAUCUGUGACGAAACGUUCAAGAGCAAGAAAGAGAUGGAGGCACACAUUAAGGGUCACGCGAACGAGUUGCCAGACGAUGAGGAAGCUCCGGAGGGUGGUGGUUGCAAGCUGGAGGAUGUGUCCGCAUCUGGAACGGAUGGAUCAGCACCAUCCUCCACGUUGGAGAGCGCCGGUGGAAAUAGCAAUAGCAACAGCAACAGUUCGUUCGAGUACUCGUCCAGCGUGAGCCAUACCGAAGGUACGGACCAUACGCCCUCCAGUGAUGAACGUUCGGGGCAAGCGUCCGCCUCGGAGGUGGGUCGUUUUACGAUCCUGAAACUAUCUUCACCCUCUCCCCGAUCCUCCGUGGGAAUGAACGACGAGCCACCGGCUAGUGUCGAUGAGGAAGAGGACGAGGAAGAUGAAGAGGUUGAUGAGGAAGAGGAAGAUAACGAUCGGAAGCAAAUCCGACCAUACGAUGGGGAGUUGGGUCAAUCGUUUGACGAGUCCUUACAGCGCGCCUACGGAAACAUUCCGACAGGUGGCGUUGCUCCGGCACUGCUUGCUGCGGCGUCCAUUGCGGCAGCAGUUGAAAAUGGCUGCACGGAGGUGAAGUUCUGUCCCGAAAUGAAGCCACGUUCGAUCUCACCAGUGCAACCAUCGGCUGCACUAUCCAUCACCAGGAUUACUCCACCACCGUCCUCCGGUUCGUCGUCCUCUUCUUCCUCGUCAUCAUCAUCGGUCCUAUCGAUUCCAGCGGCCGUCGGAGUUUCAUCGACACUUCACGAGCCAACGGCCGGUUCUACGACGGGCUUGGUGUCCGGUUCGGGACAGUACAUGUACGAACCUUUGGCCAUUAUGAAGCACCACGGAUAUUUUGCACCGGCUUCUCAAAUUACAGAUUAUCGCUCAUCCAGUGAUAUAGUGCGGCAGGUGGAGGCGGCCAUUGCUGGCACGGAAAAUCUUCUGACGCCACCGCGCUCCUCCCCGGAGUCACCGGACCGCUCGUCCUCACCGGAAUCCGACUCAGUAUUAAUGGCCGACAGGGACAACAAUACGCUGCCACCGCGCAAGCGGAAACUGUACUUCAAGGACAACCAACAGCAACCACACACGGCGUCCGUUCCCAAGCUGGCUGCGCUUGAUACUGUUGUUCCGGCGCAGCACUACAGUGUACAGCAGCCACAGCAACCCUUGUCAUUGGAUGUCCAUGCCGACCAUCAACAGCUUUUCCAUCACCAGCCAGUUCCAGCACAGCGACACACAGCGGAACAGACCCAUCAACAACCGACCUAUCAUCAUCACCAUCAUCAUCAGCCAAGACCGGAGGAGCAGCGUUCUGUGAAGCUGGAAGUGCUGCAGAAUGUGUCCCCGAGCCGCGAAGAAGUGCAGCAUCGGCGGCAACAGCAAUCGCCAACACCAACACAACCUCAGACCACCACGCCGGCCUCCGUCAUACGGAUGAGCUCCGUGAUCCAGUACGCGAACAAGUCAUCGUAGAGUUUAGGGAUGGUUCGAGUAGCGGCCACAUAUUGACGGCUUCCUGCCCGGAGAAACACCACGCACGCACGCGCCCGACGUGGCAGUGUGUCUAGCGUUUAGUGCUAUUUAUAAUCGUAUUACUAUAUGAUUUGUUUUUCGCAACAACAAAAAGAAAGCUAAACUUUUAAGCGGAACUAAGUGUAAACAACCGCGACAAACCUCAGCGCGACCCAGCAGGAGAACCUCACGCCUCAGUGUUAAAUUCGAACUCAUCUAGACGUAUAGGUAUAGGUUUUGUAGUUGCCCAUAUGCAUACCUGGGAUUUAGCCCGGUUACACCAGAACAAGACUGUCUCAGGUUUAGGGAGGGACCUUCCCCCGCGCCCUCAUUCACUAUGCGCUCCCCCUCCGCAUCUCCCCCCCCUCUUGUAAUAGGGGAGUAAGUUAAUUUAUCAAUCAUUAUAUUAAAUGUAUCGAACAGCGUGUGGAGACUUCAGUAUAGCGCAACGAUCUUAGAACCAUUUUCCUUGUUUUUUUUUUAAUUUUGGGCGAGCCAAUUUGGAUGUGAUAGGGCUUAAGAAGGAAGGCGAAGGACAGACCGAGAAGGAAAUUGAGAGCAGGAAAAUUUAAAACACAAUACGCAACAAGAGCGUUAGCCAGUGAGCUGGUGAAGGGAACCGGGAAGACACACAAACACACAAACACACACACACACAUUGCGAAGAAGGAAAGGAAGGAAGUGGAAGGAAUCGUUAAAGACUGUUGAUCCAUUGUCAAAUGUUUUGCAAAGAAGAGAAAUCUUAUAGUUUUGUAAGGUUGUGUAAGGUGGGUGGCUAGACUUUAAACGGAGAACGGAUUUUGGAACGGAAGGAAAAAAAAGGGCUCCCGGCUUCUCUUGCCGGCGGGCGAGAGAGAGAGAGAGAGAGAGAGAGAGAAAUAGUAUAGAUAAAUAUACCAACAGCAUAAUUAUACAUCAUUAUACAAGUUUGAGCACACAUACAAACACAUACAAACACACACACACACAUCUCUCUCGACACGACUCAUAUAACCGUAUAUCCCGCUUGAACGGUGGCCAUUUUUUGAGACGAAAGACGAAAAGACUAGCAGCAAGCAAGGUGUAGUAGCGCGCGUGUGUAGCUCUUAGUUAGGUUAUGACUGUGUGCGUGCGUGCUCAUGUACGAAUUGAGCGAAUGUGGAUGUGUGUAUUUUGCGAGGAUUAGUAUUUAGGAUAUAUAUAUACACAUAAAUGAAAAAAAAAACCCGUGAACAGAAUAGACUGGAUGAUUUCCCAAAUUUGAAGAAACCGUUAAAUCUUUAUCGUGUAAGUAACUAGUUUAGAAGUCGUAAAAAGAAGAGGGAAGAAGAGUAAGAACUCUAAGCGAGAAAGGAACUGAAAAGGAAGACCAAGCUAAUGGAAAGAAGCACACACACACACACAUCCACACAAAAAUUCGUCAUACUAAGCUAAAAUUUAACUAAGGGCUAGCCGAUGGCUGUUUAUUUGAUUGCAUUUACUUCGGAAUGGUGUGUGUGUGCGUGUGUGAGAAGCUCGUUUUGAAACGGAGCGUACGUUUAGGGUGUAAACCCUUUAGCACUGUAAAUCAUCUUCCCAUUUUCCGGAAAAAGAAACCUUCUCCAAACCAUAUACUACAGCUACCCCUACUACUACUACUACUACUACUACCACUAUUAUCGUCGUCGUCGUCGUGUUUGCGUGCUGCAUAUGUAAGCUUUUGUUUUAGAAAGGUUAGAGCUUUCAGUAUCGGAUAAGCUGAACUGCUUCAACAAAAAAUACCUCGAAUGAAAGACUUGUUUCGCCAUGCUUAGUAAUGCCGCUCCGGUUAGUUAACGGAUCGUUUCACCGGACCGAAUGAUAUUAGAUGUAAAAAAAAUAGAAACACACACAUUAACACACACGCAUCCACAAACAUUCAGCAAUAAUCGGAAAACAAAGUGGACGGGCAUUUGUAAAUAGAGGCAUGUCGUUACUGUUUCACCCGCGUAGAGAGGGUUUUUUGGAGGAUAUAAUUGGCAAGCAAGAUCAGCGAGAUGUUGUUCAGGCAUACAGUUGACUCUUGCAGGAAGUUGUUGAAUUGUUCUGGUUGAGUUGAUUCGAUAACGCUGUUCAAUAACAAAAGUUCGAUCGUAGCAUCCAUAGCUCAGGAGACUGUGCGCGUUGUCUAGGCAUUCUACGACACCGGUUGCUUGGACCAAUAACAACAAAAAAUCAAUGCAAACAUUUAAACAGUGUAACAACUCACUGAAAGAGUCAAUUAUAUCACUAAACUUAUCAAUUAUAUCCACCGAGAAUUCUAGCGCCGAGGAUAGUUUUCGUGAAAGAAAAAUUUUCUUUUACACAAAUUGUUGUAUCUUUCCUUGUUUUUACUUGUUUGCUAAAGUAAAGCCCCAAAAAAUCUCUGCCAAGUACCUUAUUAAUAGUAACAAGCUUUUUCAUCGGCUCGCGCCCCAAUCGCCCAACUGUUCCCCCCAUGAUUUCCCCAUGAGUAAAAAAACGAAAGCUAGUUUAGUAGUGUUCAGUUCCUUAAGGUGGUCCCAAAUAAAUGCAACUGCUGCUUAUAAUAUUUGUUAGGUUUUCUUUUUUUGUAAAUAAUGCUUGUUUUUUUAUUUCAUUUACUUCCUGUUAUAAUUACAACAAAUUAAUUGCUUAGCAAACUUUUUGUUUUGAAAUACCAAAUUUUUAAACGUUAUGCAUUUAGUGGCCCAAAAAUGAUUUUAUGCGAAACAGGCUAUAAUAAAAACUGGCCUCCUCCGCUGUACUGAAACUCUUGGCAAGAGGAGGAGACAGAACACACACACAAACACACACGGUACUGUUUAAUCAAGUCCCGUUAAUAUUUGACUCGAAAAGAAACUUUAAUUUCUUUGUUGGAAGAAAUUAACUAUAAAAUUAAGCUGGAUGCAAGAAGAUCAGAGCUGAGGAAGAAAACGUUGCGGUGCGCUGCAAAGGGUUAUUUAUUUUUGUUCCACUGCUUCAUCAAACAUUGUAGCUAAAUUGAAAGAUUCCGUUACUGUACUGAUACAGAGUAUAAGGCAGUCAAAUGUACACUACAGCAACCGAGGAAUAUAGAGUUACUGUAAGAAACAGCAAAAAUUCCACAAAACAAUCACUACGAACGUGUCGGGAAGAGGAUAUGGCAAGAGAUCGGCGUAUAAAAGCCAUUCUAACAGCAGCUAAACAACACUCAGGAAAGUUACACGAGCGAAGAAAUCCCCCAUUAAUAAUGCUGAAUAUGGUUAUGAGCUGCAGACCAUUGCGCCACAGCUGUACUAUCGACGGGGGGUUUGUAGGAAUUCUCACCCCUAUCCACACAGACACAACAGUCCUUUUCACGUCUUAGAAUAAAAUGCUUAACACGAGCGUAUGCCAUUUGGAACAUUUUAAAAGUGCAUUAAAAUAA